CAUGUAUAUAUAAGGGCCCCCCGCAUCAAGCAAAGGACACUUGGUCUCAGGUCGCUAAUUACUGAGGAAAUUGCCCCAGCGCCUGCGGAGCGCCUCGCCGAGCGCCGCCGGCUGCCGCCCCGCGCUGACGCCUCCGCUGCAGGGAUGGAGGUGAUGGACAGCUGCCAGUUCUCCCCCUCCGAGCUCUUCUAUGACAGCUCCUGCCUCUCCUCCCCGGAGGGCGAGUUCCCCGAGGAUUUCGAGCCCAGGGACCUGCCUCCCUUCGGCGCCCACGAGCCCCCCGAGCCCGCCUGCUCCGAGGAAGAGGAGCAUGUCCGAGCUCCCACCGGCCACCACCAGGCCGGCCACUGCCUCAUGUGGGCUUGCAAAGCCUGCAAGAGAAAAUCCACCACAAUGGACCGGCGGAAGGCGGCCACCAUGAGGGAGAGGAGGAGGCUGAAGAAAGUGAACCAGGCUUUUGAGACCCUGAAGAGAUGCACCACCGCCAACCCCAACCAAAGACUCCCCAAAGUAGAGAUCCUGAGGAAUGCCAUCAGAUACAUCGAGAGCCUCCAGGAGCUCUUGAGGGAACAGGUAGAAAACUACUAUCACCUGCCAGGACAGAGCUGCUCCGAACCGACCAGCCCCACUUCCAGCUGCUCCGAUGGGAUGGCCGACUGCGGCAGCCCCGCCUGGGCGGCGAGGGAGAGCAGCUUCGACGCCGUCUACUGCUCCGAGAUGGCCCACGGAUAUGCCGCCGAGCAGAGCAGCGCCCUGUCCAGCCUGGACUGCCUCUCCAGCAUCGUGGACCGCCUCUCCCCGGCGGAGGAGCCGGGGCUGCCCCUCCGCGAUGCCGCCUCCCUCUCGCCCAGCGCCAGCAUCGACUCGGGGCCGGGGACGCCCGGGACGCCGCCGCCCCGACGGACCUACCAGGCGCUAUGAGGGGCGCGGGGGCUGCCGCUGCCAUCCCUCCCCUCCGGGGCCGCCGCCCUCGCCCGGCCGCCCCCCGCAAACGCUUCCCGGGCGAGGGGCCACCCCCGGCGCCCCUUGGCCCGCCGCCUCCCGCCGGGGCUGGGCACAGCACCCCGCCGGCCCCCGCCCGGGGUCCCCCCGGGGCAGACAGACCCUGGGGCUCGGGAGAGACGUGCUACCCUGGAAACCCCGCUGCAAAUAAAACGUGCUGUAAAA